GUUGUAUUAUUAUAUAUAUUUUUAGAAAAAAAAUAAAAAAAAAAAAUAGGUUAUUAUAGGGAGUUGUUGAUCAAUAAAGCCACGUUGUGUUGUACUACCAACCCAAGUACACAAAUUGAAUCAUGCGACCGCGCGCUUUUUCAAAAAAAAAAAAAAACUAUUUAAAAGGCCCAAUGUGGUCCCCCAUUCUUUGACCUUUUUUUUUUCUUCUUUGCAAAUAUUAUAUAAUGAUAAAUGUCAGUACCUUUUAAUAUCACUUUAGAAUCCAUACUCGAAUCCAGACAUGAGCACCUAUUAUACCAUGAUUUUAUUUUCUACCUUCGACAAACGUACUGUUUAGAAAAUCUGCUGUUUUAUCAAGACGUACAGGACUACCGACGUAAACCUAAUGCAGAUUGUUACCAGUACAUCAUCACACAAUACAUCCUCGUGGAUGCUGCACAGGAAAUCAAUAUUCCGUGCGAUAUGCGUCAAGAGCUCAUUCUAAAUCGAGAUUAUGGCAAGUCUACAUUUGAUGAGGCGGCUGAAUCUAUUUUGGAACUCAUCCGUGUCAAUUCUUUCUUACCUUGGUGGCAUCAACGUAACGUCAAUAGAAGAAAUACCUUAUCGCCUUCCAACUCCGUGCCAGAACAUCGAUGGCCAUCCUCCAAUUUCUUUACAAAUAGGCCUAGUUUUAAUUCCCUAAGAGACGUAGACGUUUCUUCAAAGCAAAAAAGAUCACUGGGUAAUUUAUUUCAACAAAAGACACUGGCGAUGAUGGUGCGUGUUAAAAAAUCCUUUGUAAAAUAGUUAUAUAAUAAAAAGUGCAUGUAUUUUGAAGCUCUGUACACAUUUAUUAAAUGCUUAUGGUAUCAUUUCCCUUUUUUUUCUUUCUUCACGCUUGAUCAAUAUCAUUCGUAUUAUUGUCCUUAAUAGCACUCUCAACUUUUUCCGUAUAGUCGAAAAGGAUGUCUCGUUCGUCACGUUGCAAGUAU